UGGAAAAAUGUAAACUAUUAUAAAGUUGAAAAAAGUAUUAACAUUAUAAGAUUAGAAUUAAGGGAUAAUGUUUAUAUAUAAUAGUAACAACUAAGUUAAGAAUUUGGUUCAUUUAAACUUAUGUAACUGAGCCUGUAUUUUUUUUUAGAAAAAGCUAUUUUUUCGUUCUGCGGUUGCGUUCGUUGCGAAAGGGCUUGAAUUUCAUAUAGCUGAAAAGCAUUUUUGCUAAGUGGAGUUCUUUGAUUGCAAUUGACCUUGCUCAACACGUUUAUACAAAAACACAACACAAGACAUUCACGCCCAGAACAGAGUCAUCACAAAGCGGACUCAUAUUGUUUAUUUGUACAUAUGCAAAAUAAGCAACCGCAUAUCUUCCGCGUCCAAUGCCAACGGAUAAACCACCCUCUAAGUGGCACCAGUUCUAAUUUGUACAGGCCACAGAAUGGUGAAUAAAAUCCGAGUUGUCGUCAUAAUCAUAAAACUGACUGUCGUAAUGAGUUUUUUGUGCGUUGAAACCGCCAAAACGCCAAAGGUACGGCCCCGAAAAGCAAAGCAAGCAGACCUGGCGAGUAAUUCAGUGAAACAAACGGAAAACGUUCCCUGCUCCUGUGCAAUUUUCCUAACGGGUCAGUUCAACAAGUUCAAUCGGUCAGAACCUCCGAGAGGCAAUCCAGGCAUUCAGAUGGAGCUUAUGCAACAUUUUCCCUGCAGCACGAUGGGAAACAAACAAUGCUCAAAUCGAUGUUUGGAUGCCAUUCUUAAGCACUUGCCCAAUUCUCCGGCGCUUAUCUGUGGUACCAUAGAUCGGGAUUGUUUCCGGGAACGGCCGUAUUUAUUCUACCAAAAUUGUUCGCCACGUUGGGUGAACAGUAAUCUCUCCGCUGGAAAAGAAUUUUGUUGUCAGAAUGAUAGACCGGUGCGUUGUACGAAAAUGGCUGCAGUAAUAAGGCAGAAACUACUGAUUGCCAACAGCACCACCCCUAACAAAGGUGACGAAGAACAGUUGGAUGCGUCAGAUGAAUAAAGGAGAUUGUGAUAUUAAAAUG